CGAGGAUUGGACUCUACGAACGUAUCAUUCGAGUUACGCCAAGACUUUGAUUUACCUCCAUAAACUUAAAAAAAGAUCAGUACAGCAGUUUUGGCUAGGCCCGGCAAUUACAUGGCUCAAAUGUAAUUAAAACUCCAAAAUAACACCAUGUGGCCUAAACAUUUUGUUGCUGUUUGUUUGGUAGCGACUGUUGUUUUUGCUUUUACAGGGCCAAGUGAUGCAGCUCCAACUAAAGGGUGUAAGAAAACCUUUACAUCUUUGUCACAAGAAGCAGGCCUAGAAGCGCAAGCCCUGACCGAUCCUGAUGAGGACAAGGUAUUUCAUGCCAACAGCAUAGAUGAAAUAACACUCAUGAAGAAGAAAUCCAAAGUAAUGGAGAAGAGGAGUGAUGAUAAUGAUUGUGAAGGUGAAGAUGUUGAGAAUGGUGCAAAAAAAGGGAAUGUAGUGCAUCAAACUGUCAAACCGAUUCCAAAAUCUGGCAUCAUCAAACUCGAUACUAAUAAACCCGACAAAUUUGUGGAGAGCAUUCAAAUAGAUGCAAAUGAAAACAGUGAUAAAAAAGUCAAGAAAUCAAGUGCUACCGGUUUCAUCGAUCCUCUAGUCGUGCAACAAAAACAGAGAAUACAGACUUUGCAAUCAAGCAUCCACAAGAAUCUCGUAAAACUCUUCCACCACCUAAAGCACACACAUCCUCUUAACACUUUAGAUGAUCAAAAGGAAGUGGCUCAAGCUAAAGAGGCAUUAAUUGCAGAUGCUAAGAGGAUGACUGCUUUAAAUCAUGAACGGUCACCUGCCGAGAACUUCUUGAGUGGACUUAGCAACAAUACGCUUAUAUCAAAAAUGCUUAAAAACAAGAACAAACCUAAUAUAGUAUCCUUAGACAACCCUUUGGGGAAUGCUACUAAAGUCAACACUAGCAGCAGUGAAGCAAAAGCUGGAAGCAAGGAAGACUCGAGCUUUGAAGUCAAGACAAGUGGAGAAGCAGAACCACACGGUAACGAAGGAAGUUCGAACGUUGAAAUAAAAAUUAGUGGAGAUGUGAAGCCCAGCGGGAAUAACAGUAAAAACAUUGAAGUUAAAAAUGAUGAUCAUUCUAGUUUUAGUGCUGAGGAGGGGAAAAAAGCUAGUAGCCAAGGAAGUUCUGGUACUGAGAUAAACUCCAGCGGUAAUUUAGAUAGCAUUGAUCUUGCUAUGAAGAGCAGCAAUGACAAACCAGAGGAGAACGCAAACAAAGUGAAAAAAUUAGACAAUAAUAAGUUCACUGUGAGUGAGAAUGACUCAUCUUCAAAUCCUAACGAAACUGCAAAACUUGGAAAAUUUAGCCUUGAUAAGAAGGAAGAAAAUGUUACGAAGCUUAAAGUCAAAGAAGUAAAAGAGAAAGAAUCUGAUGAAAACCCGAACAUCAAACACGAUCCCUACGCUGAAAUAGCUGCGAGUCCGGACGAUCCAAAGAUGCCCCCAAACGUCAAGCUUCCCAAAGAAGGUCCAUACAUUCCUGUUGGUAUACCAAAGAAUGAUGAUGAUGAUGAUGAUGAAAAGGAAACGGAAAAAGAGAAGGAUAGAGGGCGUGGCGGAGGAGGUGGAGGUGGUGGAGGAGGAGGUGGAGCUAGAGGUGGUGGUGGAGGGGCUCCCUUCAUACCACCGCCAGGUGACUUUGCAGGACAAUCUGAAGCUCCUGGUCAAAAUGACUUAAGUAUGGAAGGUAACGUCAACCCUGAUCUUGCUGACAAAGGAAUAUUGAAUUCCUUUCGAACUGAAGCCAUACAGGCUCAGCUACAGGACCAGAUACAGCAGCAAGCACUAGAAGGACAAAUGAUGCAUGGAAUGAAUCGGAUGAUGGGUAGAGGAAGGAUGGCAAGUGCAUUUGGUGGUGGUAGCUUAGAUGGGCUAGGUGCAGUGGGAGGUAUGGGAGGUAUGCAUGGAAUGGGGGGUAUGGGAAUGGGUGCCAUGGGAGGUAUGGGAGCCAUGGGAGGUAUGGGAGCCAUGGGAGGUAUGGGAGCCAUGGGAGGUAUGGGAGGUAUGGGAGGUAUGGGAGGUAUGGCAGCUGGUAUGGAUGGUAUUGAUGGCCCACGUAUGGGAGCCAUGGGUGGAAUAGGUGGUAUGAAUGACAUGCCGGGUGGCAUGGGAGGUAUGGCUGGUGGUAUGCCAGGAGGUAUGGGUGGCAUGGAAGGUGUAGGUGGUAUGGGAAGCAUGGGAAGCAUGGGUUUUGCGAGAAGUAUGGAUGGAUAUGGUGGUAUGAAUGGCAUGAAUGGCAUGGGCAGAAUGCCUGAUAUGGCAGGAGAUAUGGACUUUGAUGAAGGAGCAUAUGGACGAAGAGACUUCAUGCCAGAGGAACCACCAUCUUAUGGUGGGCAAUACGGAUACGACGAAAGUCCAAGGUAUCCCUCCAUGAUGGAGGAGACAGGAGUGAGUAGGAAUACUGUACCUGCACGAUAUCCUGGAGCUGACGAAAUAAAAAGGUCUCGUAGACCAAUGUACAACCCAAGAUACUUUAAUGAUGACGACGAUGACGAAGAUGAUGGACCUGAAGGUGACUACCCUGAGGCUGUCGCAGCAACACAACGAGACAGAGCACCUGAGCCAAGCAGAUACGAAGAUCUCCAGGCCAACGAUUAUGACCCUGAUGAAGAAUACGAUUCCGAAGACGAAAGAAAAACAAGAAUAGCAAAAGUAGAAAAACUCUCCAAAAUCAAGACAAAAAGUUCUAAAAAGAAGCUGCAUUAAGACUGAACCACGUUGGGUAUUCAGAACACUAAUCUACAGAAACUGUGACCAAGUUUAAAUGACGGGUAUAAAGUAAAAACGUACGGAGAGAUAAUAACAUGAGAAGGACUAUAGAAACGACGUUUUCUCAAGAGCGAUGUGAUAUAGUUUUAGAAUGAAUUUUCUUGUCAUAUUC